CACAGAUCCCAGCAGGCGCUACCGAGCAGGCUACACAGAUUCAAGCACUCACGACAUGACAGUUCCAGAUAGUUCCUAAAAUUCGGACUUGCAAAAUUUCCAGUUUUGAUCUGCUUUCGGGGCCAAUAAAGUCAAUGUGACCGCCAAUGGGGAACACUCCGAGCUCCAGCCAAGUGGGCCGGAGGCCUUCGCACUAUCGGACCGAGGAGGACAUCUUUCAUGAGAACCACAGGAAUCCGGAGCGGAGUCGGAGUCGCAGUCGCCACGGUUUCGUCAUUCGCUCGCAAAGGCCUCCGAAGGGUGUCCAGGAUUCGAGAUGCGGUUGUCUUCCUCCUUCUCCUCCGACAAGUUGCUGUUGUCCUCCUCUUCCGGCUGUUGUUCCAGCCCCAAGGCCACGUACGCGAUGCUGUUGCCCUCCACCCCCAGAUCCUGUGAGGCAAAGGCCUUGCUCCUGUUCUGAGUAUAAGCCCCAGGGAUUCUCCGGAAACGGAAGUAGGCAGACGACUCGCAGGAUAAGAGUGUGUCAUCCGGAGUCUUAUCCCGUACCGGAACCUCUGAAGACGAGGCAAAUGGGCCUUCAUCCCUUGGGUGCAGGAUGCAAGUGCGCGGACCGCCAAGUGGAUCUGUCCAGGACAGCAGCAGCUAAAGAAGAAGAAUUCGAACCGGAGCCACAAGCUGAGAUGCCACACAGCGAUUCUGUCCCAGCUCUGCAUGAAAUCCGUCAAGAGCCCCGUGAUCCGUACUAUCCGAAUCCUCCCAAAAAUAAGCGACGGCAGGAAGUGGAUCCUCUGGCCAACUUUGACAUAAACCGAUUCGAUAGGGAUGCCACCCACCGAGCUGCUGGAGGUCCUGGAGGUAGAAGAAGAAAAGUUUCCAUUCGCACCUGUGUGGACUACGACUACGAGCCCGAAUAUCCACCUCGCGAGUGGCCGCAAGAAGCUCCACAGAGUCAUGACAGACAUGUGCCACCGCAGAAACCCCCUUCCGGAUACCCACCUCAACAGAAUCCUCACAGAUAUCCACCUCAGCGAUCUCGCCCUGCCGCUGAGUAUGAACCCAGAACUCGGCCACCACCCCCUUCUAGGCCACCAUCAUAUCCGCGUAGAGCACUUCCAGGAUUUUAUGAAAACGCGGAAUUCGAGUUUUUCAAUUGUCCGUAUCGAAGAUGAAUUAAGUUUGACAUUCCCAGUUAUCGAUAACACCCCGAAUACAGCCCUGAGAGUUUGAAAGCCACUUUAUCUGCUACGCACUGAACUUAAGUGUUGCAAAGCGCAACGCAGUAUCAAAGAAGAAGAGUAGCCGACGCGUGCAAAA